AUGACGCCCGUGGACCUGCGCAAGCUCCUCGGCGACGAGGAGAAGGUCACGGGCGCGGCGCUGAACAUGCACAUCAUCCACGACGUGCCGCUGGCGGAGCUCGGCGCGCGGCUGACGGCGUCGGGCGUCGAGCCGGACAUGAAGGACCGCGCGCUCGCGAAGAUCCGCGAGAAGCUCGCGAAGAACAAGCACGAGCUCGAGGCGCGCGCGGCCGUCGGCGCGCCCGUGCCGCGCUUCUGCAUCAAGCGGCUCGAGACGCCGCGCGUCGCGCGCCAGUCGUCGGUGUCGUUCCGGACGCCCGCGGGGAAGCGGUCGCCCGCGGCCGCGGACGACGCGCUGGCGCCGUACCUGAAGAUGCUCAAGAUGGGCACGGGCACGCUCGCGGCGGUCCAGCGGGCGCGCGAGGACGGGAAGCUCGACGCGGCGCAGAUCGCCGCGCUCGAGGCCGCGGACGUGUCCGGGCCCGCGCCGUCGACGCCCGCGGCGCCGCCCGAGACGCCCGCGGCCGACGAGCUCGGCAAGUACCGGCGCAUGCUCAAGAUGCACGUGCCCGCGGCGGCGGUGAAGAACAACAUGACCAAGGACGGCUGCUCGCCCGGCGACUUCGCGGCGAUCUUCGGCGACGACGCGUCGCCCGCGCCGGACGCGGCGGCGACCGCGCGCAAGGCCGCGGCGACGCCGCGGCGCCUCAAGACGUGCCACUUCAAGCCCCUCGACGAGGCCGUCAAGGUCGAGGACACGGUCUGGGCCGAGGACGCGGCCACGGACCUCGUCGGCCUCGACGACCUCGCGCUGCUCGAGGAGAUCUUCGCGACCAAGGCCGCGGCGCCGCUCGCGAAGAAGACGGCGCGCAAGGCCGCGCGCGCGGGGCCGUCGGGGUCCCUCGACGGCGACGACGACGACGACACGGUCAAGAAGGUGUCGCUCGUCGAGGACAGCCGCCGGUCCGCGAACGUCGCCAUCGGCCUCACGUAUUUCGCGCGCAAGUACGGCGACGACGACGACGCGCUCUGCCGCGCGGUCGUGUCCCUGAGCGACUGGCUCGACGCGCCGCGGCUCCGGUCGCUCCAGCCGCUCCUGCCGACGGCCGACGAGGCCGCGGCCGUCCGCGCCUACGUCGCGGCGCAGGGCGCGCCGACGGGCCCGGGCACGCGCGGCACGGACGCCAAGGUCGGCGACGCGGCGACGCGCCGGGCCGUCGGCGCGACGCUCGCGCGGCCCGAGCGCUUCUUCCUCGCGACGCUCGGCUGGCCGAACUUCGAGGCGCUCCUCGACGCGGCGAUCUUCCGCGCCGAGGCCGACGAGGCCGUCUGGGAGGCCAAGCAGGCCGCGAAGAAGGUCCAGGGCGGCAACGAGGCGCUGCUGGACAGCGAGGACCUGCCGGACCUGCUCCGGGGCCUGCUGAAGCUCGGGAACCACAUGAACAAGGAGACGGGCCGCGGCGGCGCCGCGGGCGUCGUGCUCGGCUCGCUCGAGGGCGUCUGCCGCAUGAAGGGCCUCGGCGGCGAGACGCUCCUCGAGUUCUUCGCCAACGCCCUCGAGAAGAAGGGCGAGGCCCACAAGCUCGACUACGUCGACGGCCUGCCGAGCCUCACGGACGCGAGCCGCUACGUCGACGACGACCACACCGUCGGCGCCGCGCGCGCGCUCAAGAAGGCCCUCGGCCGGCUCAAGCAGGCCAUCCCGGCCAUGCGCCACAAGCUCGGCGCCGCGGACCGCGAGCGCGCCGAGGCCCUCGCGCGCGAGGCCGAGCCCGCGGCCGAGGUGCCCGCGGCCGGCGCCGGCGCGGACCUCGACGCCGCGGCCGUCUUCCGCUUCGUCGUCGAGGCCGACAAGUGCUGCGAGCGCGCGGGCACGGCCAUCGUCGGCCUCGACGCGGACCUGAGCCGCCUCCGCGCGUCGACGCGCCGCUGCCUCGCCUACUUUGGCGAGGACGAGGACGCGGGCGACCUCACGCACGUCUUCGCGACGCUCGACGCGUUCUCGUCCGAGGUCCGCAAGGCCCGCGACAAGGUCAAGUUCAAGCGCGAGGCGCGGGACCGCGCGAACCGCAAGCGCGAGCAGGACGCCCGCGACAAGGCCGACAAGGCCGACAAGGCCGCGGCCGCCGCGCGGCCCGCGCAGAUCGUCGGCAACCCGGACCGCGGCGAGGUGAGCUUCGAGAAGCCCGCCGCGCCGCGCGGCGCCUACACCGCCGCCGCCGCCGCGCCGCGCGCCGCCGCGAGCGACGCCGCCGACGCGCCCGCGGCGCCGCCGGCGGCGCCGGCGAAGAAGGGGCCGUCCGCGUCCGCGAUGGCCAUCGCGAACAGCGUCCUCGCGUCGAACAACCGCCAGCGCCGCGAGGCCGACCCCAAGGCCCUCGCCCUCUCCAAGUGCCGCAACGCCUACAAGAAGAAGGAGCAGAAGCAAAAGGCCCUCGACGAAUACGACAAGGAGCAGCGCGGGGACGCGCCGCCGCCGCCGGUGCGCGUUUGCGUCCGCACGUCGAAAGGACCGACGACGCCACCGGACGCCAGCCGAACGGCAACCGCUAUGCGGGGCGCGAUGACGGCCAUCUCGCAACGCGGGACGGACGGCGAGUUCGCGGACAGCAACUAUAUUUCGGACGACGAGGGCGCGCUCGACGACGACGAGGACGAGGAAUACGAGAGCGACGACGCGGACGACGACGAGGUCGACGACUCGGACGCGGACUACGAGGACGAGGGCGAGGAGGAGCCCGCGCCGAAGGCCGGCCGCGUCGCCGUCGCGCCGCCGCCGCCGCGCGACGGCUACUUUGGCGCGGCGCCCGCGCCCGCGCCGGGCGGCCGGUCGAGGACGCCGCCGGGCACGCCGCGGAAGCUGAGCGAGGGCCGGCCGCCGCGGCCGAGCCCCGGCGGCGCCGCGGCGGCCGCCGCGCGCGUCGAGGAGGCCGCGCCGCCGCCGAAGCCCGAGGGCCGCAUGAUCAACAUGUGCCCGUCGCUCUGGCCCGAGCAGCGGCCGGGCACGGUCUACUUCUCCUACCCCAAGGACGUGAAGACGCGGCGCACGGGCGGCGCGCCCGUCGCCGAGCCCCUGGGCCAGCGCAAGCUCAACUACCGGUGCACGUGGGAGCGGAACUGCGUCAAGAACGCGUUCACGCUCGCGGGCUUCAAGCGCGUGCGCGACGGCACGGAGCUGAGCGCGGGCAAGAAGGGCGAGGCCGACAGCGCGGGCCCCAUGGAAUACCUGGGCAGCCUGCUGGGCAUGGGCGACAAGGCCGCGGAGGACAAGGGCCGGGAGAGGAAGGUGUCGAUCCCGACGCAGCUCGCGUGGUGCGCGUCGUGGACGAAGCACCCGGGCCCGGAGAUCUACGCGACGCAGAACCGCUACCAGCGCGUGAACCACUUCCCCGGGUCCUGGUGCGUCGGCCGCAAGGACCGCCUCCUGCGGACGCUGGCCAAGGCGCGGAAGCGCGGUUCGAAGGCCGCCGCGGCCUACGCCUUCGUGCCCGAGGGCUUCAACCUGCCGGCGGAGCUCAAGGCCAUGGAGGGCCGCGCGAAGCUGGAGAAGAGCGGCGUCUGGAUCAUCAAGCCGCCCGCGUCGUCCUGCGGCCGCGGCAUCCGCCUCGUGUCGUCGCGCGACGUCGCGAACGGCGCGCUCCCCAAGGACAAGAAGCUCGUCGCCCAGCGCUAUUUGGACGCGCCCUUCGUGGCCAUCAACGGCCGCAAGUUCGACCUGCGCAUGUACUGCCUCGUGACGUCCCUGGACCCGCUCGUCGCCUACGUGCACGCCGAGGGCCUCGUCCGGUUCUCGACGCACCAGUACACGAUGCGGAACCUGCGCUGCCGCUACGUGCACCUGACGAACUACAGCGUCAACAAGAAGAGCCGCCGCUACGUCGAGGCCGACGACGAGCCCGUGGGCGACGACCUCGACGACGACGACGACGACGACGACGACGAGCCGCCGCCGUCCGCGCGGUCCGGCGGGAGCGGCGCGGCGAGCCCGGGCGGGGCGGGCGCGACGAGCUCGUCGACGCGCGACGCGUCGACGGCCUUCAAGUGGCCCCUGGGCACGCUCUGGCGCUGGCUCGAGGAGAACGGCUACGACGCGGCCGCGUGCCGGAAGCGGUGCACGGAGCUCAUCGUGAAGACGCUCAUCGCCGCGGAGAGCGAGAUGACGCCGGCGUCCUACCGCGCCUGCGGCGCGUCCGUGCGGCCGCCGGGCGCGCCCGUGCCGGGCAAGCGGCCCUGCUUCGAGCUCUUCGGCUUCGACAUCCUGCUGGACGCGGACCUGAAGCCGUGGAUCAUCGAGGUCAACAUCUCGCCGUCGCUCAUGGGCAACUCGGCGCUGGACCGCCACAUCAAGGGCCGCCUCAUGGCCGACGUCUUCCACACGACGGGCUUCGAGCCCUACAGCCCCGCGCGCGUGAAGCGCGACAGGAAGGCCGCGCGCGACGCGCGCCUCGACAAGUCGCGACGGAACGACACGUCGGACAAGGCCGGCGCCAAGGGCAACCAGGACGCCUGGCGCCGCAGCGGCCGGCCCGACGACAUCGCGCUCGACAAGCUCAGCGGCGAGGACUGGGACCUCGUCUGCCACGCGGAGGACGAGCUCCGGCGCGCGAAGACGGGCGGCUUCUCGCGCGCGUGGCCGCCGGAGCCCUGCCGCCGCGUCGAGGGCGUGCCCUGGUCCAACGCCGUCGCGGCGAAGAUGGCCGCCCGGGCCAAGGAGGAGGCCGACGCCUACCUGCCCCUCUUCGAGUGCCUCCGGUUCAGCGACUGCCUCCUCGCGCGCGUCGCGGCCAUGCCCGUCAAGGCGCUCUACAAGCACUGCCCCCUGGGCAUCCCCGCGGCCCUCAUCCCGCCGCCGCCGCCGCCCAGGGCACCCGACGCCGCCGGCGCCGACGCCGCGGCGCCGCGGAAGCGGCCGACGUCCGCGUCCGACCGGCUCAAGCGCGCGGCGGCCGCCGCGUCCAAGGCGCUCAAGUUCGCGUCGUCGCCCAAGCAGGCGCCGCCGGACACGGACGCCGACACGGCGUCGACGCGCAGCGUGCCCCGCGCGGCGCGCGCGCCCGCGGACGCCGCGGCCGCCGCGCCGCCGCGCGACAAGCCGGACCGGCCGCGGCUCGCGCGGCCGCGCGCGACGGCCAAGUCCGAGGCCGCCGCGUCCUACCGCCGCGACCGCGCGCCGCGGCCCUCCCAGAAGAGCAGCGACGCGGACCACUUCCGCAUCGUCGACGACUUCUCCUGGCAGCAGCUCGAGGACUUCUCGUGGCAGAACCUCUUCGACGGCGCCGCCGACGACGGCGACCCGGGCGAGGAGGGCGCCAAGUUCUCCCAGUCCCAGAAGGUCCCCGCCGCGGAGCAGCCGCCGCGCCGCCGCAACCGCCCGGACUCCGCGGACCGCGCGCGCGCGCCGCGCCGGUCCUCGAACCGGGACGCGGGCCCGCGCCAGUCCGUCGCCAACGCCGCCGCGGGCAAGCCGCCCCGCUGGCUCGACGGCUACGCGGGCACGGGCCUGACCCUGUGGCCAAACGGGCAGGCCGCGUUGCGCGCCAUCGACGCCGAUCUCGGCGACGCGCUCCAGAAGAUCGGCGCGCCGACCGAGCACAUCGAGGUCACGGACGCGAGCGGCCGGAACCCGCUCCCCAACCCGACGGGCGACCCGCGGCGCUUCCCGGAGCAGUACGGCCACGCCAUGCGCAACGUGCGCUGGAGCACGCUCCGGGCCGCGCUCGCGGAGCGCUUCGUCGCGCUCGGCGGGGAAAUCGAGUGCGACCGCGCGCUCGCGGCCGUCGAGGGGACCACGCUCUCGCUCACGGACGGCGCGGGCGCGCACCACACCGCCGGCGGCUACGACGUCGUCGUCGGCGCCGACGGCCUGCGGUCGAACCUCCGCGCGCAGCUCGUCGACGACGGCGACCCGCGCGACGCGGGCCGGACGAUCUGGCGCGCGGUGAUCCCCUUCACGCCGGCCCUGCGGCGCGUGCUGUCGGAGAACGCCUGCUCCAUGAGCGCGGGCUCGGGCAAGGUCGGCUUCCUCACGGACAUCGGCGACGACCUGCUCUACUCAGCGCUCUACUGGUCCGCGUUCGCGACGGACGAGGCGCUCGAGGCGUCGACCGUCGACCGCGCGGCCUUCGGAGACGACGUCGUCGCCUACCUCAAGGCCGAGUUCGGCGACGUCUUCAAGCUCCUGCCCUGCCUCGAGGCGACGCCCGCGGAGAAGGUCCUCGAGCGCCGCGUGUCGGACCGCGCGCCGCUCGUCGACGCCGCGGGCGCGCCCGCGAUCCCCUGGACCGAGGGCGCGACGACGCUCCUCGGCGACGCGUUCCACGCCAUGAUCCCGUCCCUCGGCCAGGGCGCCAACUCGUCCUUCGAGGGCGCCUACCGCCUCGCGCGCGCGAUCCGCGACGCGGACGGCGACUUCCCGGCCGCUCUCCGUGGCUACGAACGCGAUCAGAUGGCCCGCGUCGCGUCCAUCGUCGACGCGUCCGCGCGCCAGGGCAAGAUGGUCUACGAGGACAAGGACGAGUUCAUGAAGAACCAGGCCGAGGCCCAGGACGAGAUCUGGGGCGUCACGUUCCCGAGCCUCGUCUAGGCUGCGGCGGCGCUCUGUACAUAAUGUGUGUUCAU